AUGCAGUUUCCCAGCUUCGCCCUCGCUAUCCUGACCCUCGCUGCCUCAGCAGUCGCUCACCCACAAGCGGUAGCGCAACCCGAAGCCGCUGAACUCGAGCAGCGACAAGCAAGCUGUGCCCCGCAAGGUUCCAAGGGCUAUUGCAUUGCCCACAUCCGGUAUGUGGACAACAGGGGCAGCACCGUUGCGAAUGCGGACCAAAACAUCAACUUCGAUAAAGGCGGUCCGAUUACACUUUAUGGUCCACAAGCACCGAACAAAGCCUGCCAGAUCACGUUUCUGCGCAACUGCUCUGGUUGCACCGCUUGGGCUGUUCAGACGAGAACUGCGGAGUGCGGUGUUUUGAGCAUUUCCUUCUCAACUCCUCAGUAA